GAACUGGUUUAGAAGCCUAGUUCCGCCACUUGAUGACUUUAAGGUUUUGCCUAUGUAAAUUCUCCAAUCCUGAAUUUCUCCAUCUAUAAAACAAGUAUGAUACUCUGGAUCUUGCAGGGUCACUGUGGGGAUUAGAGAUGGUGUCUGUAAAUUCUGCCGACAUGGAGUGGCAGUGGACAAAGCUUUGGCCAAUGAGACAUACAGGGAAGUUUACCCGAAGCCUCUGCGAAAGAUUUUGCUUCCUGCUAAGGAGAGAAACAUGCUUAAGAAUUCAGUAGCACUGCCCCUGACUUUUCUUCCUAUCUCAUAAGUCUGUUGAAGAGUCGUGUGAGGCUACUGUCUUGUGACAACGAGAAGAUAAGUGUAAUCUUGGGAAGACAUCAAGUGGGAGUGGCUGAGCAUAAGGAAAGAAGAACCUAGAGCCAUGGAGGCAUGGAGGACCAGAAUAGGAGUCGGACGCACUCUCCAGGCUCUCUUUGAGAAAUAAAUAUCAAAACAAUGCUGUCUACAAUGUGUGAAUAAAAGAAUACUCCCAGACACAGACAUACACCAACUAUCAACCGUAAUAGAAAGGAGGAUGUCCAAAUGGAAAACCAAAGUAUCGAUGAACAGACUCGUUAUUUUCCACUGACUGGCAGCAAUGGCGUUUACUGAAAGAGUCAAGAGCAGCAGUAGCAGCAGCUUGUACAAUGAAGAUCGGAACCUGCUUCGAAUUAGAGAGAAGGAAAGACGCAACCAGGAAGCUCACCAAGAGAAAGAGGCCUUUUCUGAAAAGAUCCCCCUUUUUGGAGAGCCCUACAAGACAGAAAAAGGUGAUGAGCUAUCCAGUCGAAUACAGAACAUGUUGGGAAACUAUGAAGAAGUGAAGGAGUUCCUUAGUAGCAAGUCCCACCCUCAUCGCUUGGAUGCCUCUGAAAAUAGGUUGGGAAAGCCAAGAUAUCCUUUAUUUCCUGAGAAGGGGAGCAGCAUUCCAUCCCACUCCUUCCACACGAGUGCCCACCACCAGCCUGUUAAUACUCCUGCCUCUGGACCACUUCCUGUUGGUAAUGUAAGCCAGAACCCAAAGAUGGCACAGCCAAGAAUGGAACCAAUGUCAAAUCCUCAUGUCAAAAGCUAUGGCCCACCAGACAGCCAGCACCCGACCCAAGAUCGCCUUGGUCAGGAGAUGUGCGGCUCUGGUCAUCACAAAAAAGGUGACCGCAGAGCUGAUGGAGACCGCUGUGCUUUGGUGACAGACUCUGCUCCAGAGAGGGAGCUUUCUCCCUUACUCUCCUUGCCUUCCCCAGUGCCCCCCCUGUCAUCUGUACAUUCCAACCAGCAAGCUCUUCCCCGGACACAAGGAAGCAGCAAGAUUCAUAGCAGUAACAGUAAAGGCUAUUGCCCAGCCAAAUCUCCCAAAGACCUAGUAGCAAAGGUCCAUGAUAAAGAGACCCCUCAAGACAAUUUAGUGGCAGUUGCCGGCCUUGGGGUGGCCCCUCCCCAGCCACCUUCUCAGACUUUCCCCCCACCUUCCCUCCCCUCAAAAACUGUUGCGAUGCAGCAGAAGCCCACGGCUUACGUCCGGCCCAUGGACGGUCAAGAUCAGGCUCCUAGUGAGUCACCUGAACUGAAACCACUGCCGGAGGACUACCGGCAACAGACCUUUGAAAAAACAGACUUAAAAGUGCCUGCCAAAGCCAAGCUCACCAAACUGAAGAUGCCAUCUCAGUCGGGUGAGCAGACCUACUCCAAUGAAGUUCAUUGUGUUGAAGAGAUUUUGAAGGAAAUGACCCAUUCAUGGCCACCUCCUUUGACAGCAAUACACACGCCUAGUACUGCUGAGCCCUCCAAAUUUCCUUUUCCCACAAAGGAUUCUCAGCACAUUAGUUCUGUGACCCAAAAUCAAAAACAAUAUGGUACAUCUUCAAAAACCCACACUAAUUCUCAGCAGGGAACAUCCAUGCUUGAAGAUGACCUUCAGCUCAGUGACAGUGAGGACAGUGACAACGAACAAAGCCCAGAGAAACCUCCUCCUGCGUCUGCACCUCCCAGUGCUCCGCAGUCGCUUCCAGAAGCAGCGGCCUCAGCACAUUCCAGUAGUGCCGAGUCAGAGAGCACCAGUGACUCAGACAGCUCCUCGGACUCCGAGAGCGAGAGCAGCUCAAGUGACAGCGAAGAGAAUGAGCCCCUAGCAGCUCCGACUCCUGAGCCUGAGCCUCCUACAACAAACAAAUGGCAGCUGGACAACUGGCUGACCAAAGUCAGCCAACCGGUAGCCCCACCAGACACACAGGAGGGGAGCGCAGAGCCCCCGCCUCGGCACCCAGACAGUAAGGGCAAGGGGGGAGGCGACAGCAGCGGCCCCACCACUGGUCACGAGCUCUCGGAAUCCAAAGAUCCUCCCCUCAAGAGUUCCAGCAAAGCCCCCCGGGGCUCCUCCGAGGGCCCUCACCCCGGCAGGAGGAGCUGUCAGAAGUCCCCGGCCCAACAGGAGGUCCUGCCGAGGCAGACUGUCGGAACCAAACAACCCAAGAAGCCGGUCAAGGCCUCCACACCGGCGGACCCUCGGGCCGGCCUGCAGGUGGAGAGCGAGCCGGGCCCCCCUCCGUACGGCUCCAAAGACCAGCCUUCCAAAGACAAGCCCAAGGUGAAGACGAAAGGGAGGCCGCGUGCCGGAGACAGCAGAGAGCCCAAGCCCGCGGCGCCCAGCCCCGGUGAUCGGAAGAAGCACCAGAGCGGGCCGCUGGCCCCCUCAAAGGCACUCUCGGGCCCCGAGCCCACGAAGGACAAUGCGGGGGCCAGGAGCCCCGAGCACUUUGCCCUGGUUCCCCUGACCCAGAGCCAGGGCCCGCCCCACGGCGGUGGCGGCAGGACUAGUGGCUGCCGGCGCGCAGUGGUGGUCCAGGAGGACCGCAGGAAGGACAAGCUCCCGGGGCCUGCCAGAGACACCAAGCUGCUGUCGCCGCUCAGGGACCCUCCUCCCCCACCCAUCUUGAUGGUGAAGAUAACCCUGGACCUUCUUUCUCGGAUACCCCAGCUUCCUGGGAAAGGGGGCCGGCAGAAGAAGCCAGAGGACAAGCAGCCCCCCACAGGGAAGAAGCUCGAUUUGGAGAAGAGAGGCGCAGACAACUCAAGCAAGUUGGUCAAAAAAAGAAAGGCUGAAGCUGAGAAAGACCAUGACAGCAAGAAAGCCAGACUGGAGAAAGAAACCAAGUUGCAGUCAUUAUCUUCAUCCCCCCACAAAGAAUCUUCCAAAACAAAAACACCCAGGCCCUCCUCUGAGCCCUCAAAGAAGGAGAUGCUUCCCCCCCCACCUGUGUCAUCCUCAUCCUCCCAGAAGCCAGCCAAGCCUGCACAAAAGAGGCCAAGGCGGGAAGCUGAUCCCUCCAGCCAAGACGCUUCCCAAAGUGCCAGUAGUAGCAAGGGCAACCACAAAGACUCUUCCACUUCCAAGCACAGAAAAGUAGAGGGGAAGGGAUCUGGAAGCAGUACAGAGCACAAGGGAUCUUCUGGAGAUAGUGCAUAUCCUUUUCUAGUGCCUUCUUUGCCAAAUGGUAACUCUAAACCAGGGAAGCCUCCAGUGAAGCUUGACAGACAACAAGCAGAUUUUCACAGGAAGGAGGCCAAAAAGUUGAAGCAAAAAGCAGAGUUAAUGAUGGACAAGGUUGGGAAGGCUUUUAAGUACUUGGAGGCCGCCUUGUCCUUAAUUGAGUGUGGGAUUGCCAUGGAGUCGGAAAGCCCAGCCUCCAAAUCGGCUUACUCGGUGUACUCCGAAACCGUAGACCUCAUUAAAUUUAUAAUGUCAUUAAAAUCCUUCUCAGACGCCUCAUCUCCACAAGAGAAAAUAUUUGCUGUUUUAUGCAUGCGUUGUCAGUCCAUUUUGAACAUGGCGAUGUUUCGUUGUAAAAAAGAUAUAGCAAUAAAGUAUUCUCGUGCUCUUAACGAACACUUCAGCAGUUUUUUCAAAGUUGCCCAGGCACCUUCUCCAUGCAUUGCAAGAAACACAGGCACACCGUCCCCUCUCUCUCCAGUUCCUUCUCCUGCCAGCUCCGUAGGGUCCCAGUCCAGUGCUGGCAGCAUAGGGAGCAGUGGUAUGCCUGUCACCAUUCAGAACAUGACAUCUUCUUAUGUCACCAUUACUUCCCAUGUCCUUACCGCCUUUGACCUCUGGGAACAGGCUGAGGUCCUUACAAGGAAGAAUAAAGAAUUUUUUGCUCAGCUCAGCACAAGUGUGUGUGCCUUGGCCCUCAACAGCAGUUUGAUGGAUCUGGUGCACUAUACAAGACAGGGUUUUCAGCGGCUAAAACAAGCAACCAAAACACCUUAACGGAGGCCCAAGUUGAUUUGAUGGCUUGGAAACUUUUUUGCACAUUGAAAGCCUCAAAAACAGUUCAGACGUUUGUCUCAUCAGGACACCAGACUCGAGAAGAGAAGCACCAUGAGAUGGCCAGGACAUUUGUCCACUUAAACGUUCAAGAACUUAUGUGAUCGUUGGUUGGACAUGGUGGUUAUGCAGAAGCAAUGAGGAGGCUGGCCUCAGAGAUGAUCUUGCCUUUCCUAACUAAAGGACAGAAGUGCAAUGUAGACUAAGUGGGCGUAUGAGUGGUCUAGAAACAUUUCCGUACUUUUUUAAACCAACAGGAUGCAAAAGGCAGAUGAAAUGAGGAGAAGCAGUUUCAGCUCUGAAAGCAAGUUCAUGUCCUCUCAGUAGCCACCCCAAUCUAUUCCCAGAAAAAUUUUUAAACAGUGAAUUUUGGUGUAGGGUUUUGUGGAUGAUUUUUUUUCCUUUUAAGUUUAGGGGGGAAUGUUUGUGUAGCAAAUUCUAAUGGUCAUCUGUAAAGCAUAAGUUGUGAAGGACUCCACUGUACCCCACUUUCUGCACAUGAACAGUGGCUUUGAUAAUACCAAGUAUUGUCACAAUUUAGAAAAUUGAAGGCAACUCCCCCCCCCCACCCCUGUUGCCUGGAGUACCACACGUUCACCCCAGUUCGGAUUUCUCUGUCACUGCUGCAGUCAGCCUGAGUCAGAGCAGUGGAGGGAGGAGCUGCCGCUCAUGGGGAAGCCAUCUUGAGAUCGCAUGCACCAUGGAGGAUGGGGUGCUGCCGUCUCCACCCCCUGCUUCAGCGAAAGGCAGUCACCAUUGACUAUAUUCUGACUUUUCUACUUGGGGAAGAAGGGAACCAACAUUUAUACCUGACCAGAUGGCUAAAAUGCGUUUUCAUUUUUGUUUAAGUAGAGCUGGGAUUUGAGGUGCUGAUCUGUGGUCUACAGUUACGUGGUAACUCUUGUUGUCUAACCAACACACAAUUUUGUCAGCAAAGAAAAAUGAAAACUACUUCUUAGAGAGGCUAUAUUUUUCUGCUACAAAUUAUUUUAUAUUUAUAGCAAAAGUAGAUUUUCUGAGCCCUUGAUUGUCUAGGGUAAAUUAACUCCCUGAGAGGAAGUGGAGAUUUGGGUGGUUAAUUAGACUUAAAAAAAAAAAAAUUUGUCACCACAUGCCUUCACUCCAAAGUGUUCUCAAUCAACUAGAUUUGAUUGGAUUGAAGAGGAACCGUGGCCUUCCCAUACGCUGUUAUUGCCAUAUUAUAGACGUUAAACCAAGUUCAUAGGGAAUAACCUAAAAUGAAAGAACACAAUCAAAAUUCCCACAUAACCAUAAGCACAGAUUUUUUUUAAUUGAAACUUUGAAGGUUAUUGGAAGCAUUAUUUUGAGCGCAGUGUUUUUAAAAAGCCAAUUCUUUAUAUCCCUUUUAGAAGUAGAAUUUGCACACAUAUUAAAAUUGAGGAGUGAGUGUUAUCACUACUGUUGGUUCAUUUUUUUUCUCCCUUCGUCCCAUUCUGCCCCUCUCCGUUUGAUUCCUAUCAAGAAUGUUUGUCAUUUUCAUACUAUUCAUGAAGAAAGGUGGACCAUCUUUAUUACAAAGAGGUCGAAGAUCUGUACGAGGAAUGCAAGAACUUGGUGAUUUGGUCACUAAUAUAAGGAUGUGUAGAGGAUGGGAGUGAUGAUUUUUCAUGUAUGAAUUGUUUGCGUGAAGCUGUUCCUUCAGCGUCUAAUCCAGCCUAUCCUCUUGUUAUCCUAGCUAGUUUAGUGGUUUGUUACCUCAUGUUUAGGUGAAAGCCAGAGUUACAGCAGUAGUAGUACGCUACUCAGAUGAGCGUAAGAACUGGAUGUGUGAUCUUGAUGGGCCUGUUUCAUUCAUUGAUGUUCUAAAGCAAGGCCAUUUAACAGAACCUUUUGUUAAAUGAGCACUAACUGCCUGGUGGGUUGUGGCACUGUGUCCAUCUCUUAUGUGUGAGACCAGACACCAGAACCAGGUUGAUGGGAUUGUUUAAGUCUUUUUUUCCCCCCUUAUUCACUUGGCCCCCCUAGCCCCGUUUCCCCUACCAUUCCCUAAUACAAGUCACCUGUCAGUUUGGAAGGGUAUGUCCUUUUAGGGACAGGUUCUGAUCUAUGCAGAUUGUGUUGGAGUGUGUGUGUAUGUGUGUGUGUUCUGUUGGUGAGAGCGACAGCAUUCCUGUGACUUAAAGACAUUUCUAAGCGAUUUCUUAGCCACUUCUAAAAUUGGUUGCUUUUUCAGUGGCCUUACUCUUCUGGUGUAGUGUUCCCCACCUCCAACCUUUAUAUUAAAAUUUUAUUUGUCCCUUUGAAAAACUCAUCAAUUUGCAGAGAUCAAUUUGUAGUAUUUUGAUCGUGGAAUAUUUCCAGUUCUUACUGCAUUAUACCGAAAAGAGGAUUCCCAGUGGCUACUUUUUAAAUAGAGUAUGAAAAAUAGUGGCUGAUGAAUCCUUAAUGUUCAUAAGAUCUUUUUCUUGUUUCAGUUGUGUAUAGAAAUCUAAAGAAUUUUAAAAAUCACUGCAGUUUUUCACUGCAUGCUUAAAUUCCCAAAGGCAGAAUUUGUACUGGGGUAGAUAAUUGAAAGGACUAGAUUAUAAAAUGAGACAAAUACAGAACAUCUUAAGGAGUGAAAAUUGAGUGUAAAAUCUUGCCUUUGGCACUAUAAUUUUGUGUGUGUGCGUGCGUGCGUGUGUGUUUACUAGGAAAUGGAAGAACACUGUUUCACUUUUUAAAAUGUUGAAUGUUUCUGUCCUUUCUGUAGAUAAUUAAAAUGUGAAUCACUAAACUUGAGAUUUUAGCCAGACUAGGGGCCCUGAUAAAGAAUGAAAAACACUUCACUGAAAUUUACCAAAUUGCACUGGGUUAAGAAUGUGAAAACCUUGACCGCACGCUCGCUGUGGUAAAGAAGCGAGGGUCCAGCAGGCAUAUUAUCAGGACGAGAACUGCAAUAGAAUGAAUGACUGACUUCUACGAAUGAUACUAAAUGAAUCUGAUUUUUUUUUAAAUAAAAGGACUUUAUUUUAUAGGUCUGUUUUGAUCAAGAUAUUUAGCUUUUGCCCCUAGACAAAUUCAAACACACUUUUACAUCCUUUAAUUUCAGAUCUCAGGCUUUUGAGAAGCUAACUGUCGACCCCUUUCUGGCUGAAAGCUUGCCUUAAUUGGUACCUGAAAUAUUUAUGUUAGUAGAACCAGGAGCUUACUAUUUUUUUUAUGAUUCCUAUCCAGUAAUUUUUAGAAGCAAAAAGAUGAACCAUUGCAUCCUCCAAAAUGAACAGGUUUUAUAUCUGACAUAUGAAAGGAGACGUGUGUGUGUUGUACAUGUACAUAUGCAUUCAUACACAGAACAGGAGGCUGGUUGAAUUGGAUAUAUUCAUUGUGUCUUUGUUAACCAAACCUGAUUUUGAAAUACUAAUUUGAGGAUAAUGCUGUAUUUAUUUUGAUGUGGCUUUAAGACCUGUUAACGUGGGUCUUGUAUCUUUUGUUCUGCUUCGUGAAGUUUGAGGCAUAAUUAUUCAUCUUAAGGUAAAUGAAUCAUCAAAUUACGCUUGAUUCUACUUUUUUCUUUUAUUAAGGAUUUAUUUUCCCAGACACUACACAAUCUUUGAAAAACUUUGCCACUUCUUCUACUAUGCUCUUUAUCAUCAAUUACCAGUAUUUAAAUUUUGCAGGAAUAUUUGGGCUUCUUUUAGAAAUAUAAAUGCAGAGUUUUGCUCACUGGAAAGUGAGUUGUACAUUGUGGCUAUGGAGGGGUGUCAGGAUUAUGGCGAUACUUACUCCUUUGUUCCCUUUCUGUAGUGGGUUGCCUAUUUUGAUUGUUUUUCGUCCUAUUGAGAAUUAAUGGAUGUAAGGUUUUUCCUGUGCCUUUUUAUCUUUGUGCUUUGUUUGCUGGAGGUGGAGUGGUGUUGGGGGAUUUUUCCUUCAAACAGUGCAAGUGAUAUCUACCACAUGAACCUCCAGUAUGCGAUCCAGUUGUGUUGGCUUCUCGGAGACUAAGAAUGAUGACCACUGGCCAUGUUCUUCAGUUCUUAUGAGUUGGCAAGGCGCUGUCUACUUAAGGGGGCUGUGAAUUUCCUCUUGUCCAGGGGAAAUCACACUAUGUUCCGCUGUGCAACAGAUAUCAACAGGUACUGUGAUGGGUAGAAAAGUGCCUAUAUUUCUCUACCCACAAGGGCAGGAAGGAAACCUACAGCUCCCUGUGAGCCUACAUAGUACUAUAUUGGCCUGGAAAGACAAGGGAAUAAGACCACUGGCAGCAAGGCUGGCCAAGCUGCGCUGGUGAGAGUGGGCGGUGGCUCACCUGAGGAAGAUAAUGUGCUUUGCUUCAAAGUAGAUGUUCAAAUGAUGCUUCACACAGGCAGUAUUAACUUUGCCUUUUGUUCAGGCCAUCCACAUGUAUUGUUAAAAUUACUGCACAUCCCCCUCAGAUAUCAAGUAUACACUGUUCAUGGUGUGUGUGUGUGUGUGUGUGUUUGUAGGCAUGUGUCCCAAAUCUUUUUUGUUUUUUCUGAAUGUGAUCAUGUUUUGGAUGAUACCUGAGCAGGGUUGCCUUUUUUUUUUUUAAUUUAUUACCAUUAUAUAUUAUAUUAUAUUAUAUAUUUGUUGCUUUCUUAUAACUUUAGAGGAAGUCAAAUCUUGGUAUUAAAAUUGUUUAAAAAGGAAUAAAUUGUCCAGUUGAUAAAUGAUCACUGGUCUAUCUAAAAUAUGAAUUUGUCUUUAGUUAUUGUGGAAUAAUGUGCCAGCUGUCUAGUCCACACAGUGAUUUUGUAUGUAGGAUAGGGAAGCAGUGAUGCUCUCAAUGGGAAGAUGUGCAACACGAGUAAGGGGGGACUCCAUGUAUUUUAUCUACUUCAGCAAUGGAACUGCAACUUGGGGCUUUUGUGAAUAAAAUUUAGCUGCCUUGUAUAGUCCUUUGAAAGAGACAUAUGUGAUCUGUGAAAAUUAUAGUUUUCUUUUUUUAGAAGAAAAAUUUGCAAAAGAUCUUUCCAAAGAUAACGUGCCACAGAUCUUUUGUUUGUUGUUCUCUGUAAUGAGGAUUAAUUGCUGUUUAAAAAAAAAUGUAAUUGACUUGUUAAUCUUCAAAUUCUUUCCUUUUCACAAGAGGAUCGAACUGUUAAAAAAAAUCAAUAAAAAUUUAGAGAAAUCA